UUUAGCCUCUUAGAUACACAUUAAAUUGAAUGUGAUAUUGUUUAUUGCUGCUGAGUGUUCCUUUCUUAUGUCUAUUUAAAUGUUUAAUUGUAUUGACUUUAGUUUUUUGUUUAAAUGGUGAUUUGAUUAAUCCUCUGUUACCAAUGAUGGGAUGCUUCUGCUGUAAGUCAAAACGUCGAACAGAGGAUAAUAGUAAUCAACCCUCCGGUGACAAUUUGACCAGUCGAUCACCAGGCCUCACCCAGCAACAUCAUGAUAUAAUUAGUGCUCCAAUACAAAGUAAUUUGGACUCUUCACAUGUUCAUGUUUCUAAUUUAAGAAAUGGUGGUCAACUUAAUCCUACUGUUGUAGCCAGUGGUUCAUCUAAUCUUCCUGUAAUACCGGUUCUCAAUGAUGAUAGUCUUCAUGGACCAGAGGACCAUCUUCUCAACAAUAGUAAAGUAUUUGUCGCUCUUUAUGAUUAUGAUGCACGUACCGAGGAAGAUCUAAGUUUCAAAAAAGGCGAACAUUUAAUCGUAGUUAAUGAUACUCAAGGUGAUUGGUGGUAUGCAAAAUCUAAAUCAACCAAGUUAGAGGGCUAUAUACCCUCCAAUUAUGUUGCCAAACUGUCUUCUAUUGAAGCAGAACCAUGGUAUUUUGGAAAGAUCAAACGAGCUGAAGCUGAAAAAAAACUUUUGAUGCCAGAAAAUGAGCACGGAUCAUUCCUUAUUCGGGACAGUGAAAGCCGUCGAAAUGACUUCUCCUUGUCAGUCCGUGAUGGUGAUACUGUCAAACACUACCGUAUCAGAAAUCUAGAUGAAGGUGGAUUUUUCAUCGCUCGUCGCAUACCAUUCAAAACCUUACAAGAACUCGUUGAGCAUUACAACAAAGAUGCUGACGGGCUAUGUGUCAACCUGAGAAAGCCUUGUGUUCAAAUCGAAAAACCUACUACAAGUGGUUUAUCACACCGAGAUCAAUGGGAAAUAGAUCGAACUUCUCUCAAAUUUACUCGUAAACUUGGCCAAGGGCAGUUCGGGGAAGUUUGGGAAGGUCUUUGGAAUAAUACUACUCCAGUAGCUAUUAAAACACUUAAGCCAGGAACAAUGGAUCCAAAAGAUUUCUUAGCCGAAGCACAGAUCAUGAAAAAACUAAGGCAUCCAAAAUUAGUGCAACUUUACGCUGUUUGUACUUUAGAGGAACCAAUUUAUAUCAUCACGGAACUAAUGAAAAACGGAAGUCUUUUAGAAUAUUUGCAAGGAAAAGGAAGAAGUCUUAAGCUACCUCAACUUAUUGAUAUGUCUGCUCAUAUCGCCUCAGGAAUGGCUUAUCUGGAGUCACAAAACUAUAUUCAUCGAGAUUUAGCUGCUCGUAAUAUUCUUGUUGGUGAGAAAAACGUUGUUAAAAUAGCUGACUUUGGUUUAGCUCGAUUAAUCAAAGAAGACGAGUAUGAAGCUCGUGCCGGUGCAAGGUUUCCUAUUAAAUGGACAGCUCCAGAAGCGGCUAACUUCAGUAAAUUUAGCAUUAAAUCUGAUGUCUGGUCAUUCGGUAUUCUGUUAACCGAAAUUGUUACAUAUGGUCGUCUACCCUAUCCAGGUAUGACCAAUGCUGAGGUCUUACACCAAGUUGACCAUGGUUACCGAAUGCCUUGCCCACAAGGCUGCCCUCAGGCUCUGUAUGAAAUUAUGUUAGAAUGUUGGCACAAAGACCCAAUGAAGAGACCAACCUUUGAAACAUUGCAAUGGAAACUUGAAGAUUUCUUUACCCUUGAUGGUUCUGACUACAAAGAAGCCUCUGGUGUCCACUAGCUGUAACAUAAAAUUGCAGAUAACAUAUUUAUACAAUUCUUCAUUAACUACUAUACCAGUGGAGUACGAUGCUAGUGAAAGAUCGAUGCAAUUUUUCAUGGAUGAACAUUUUAUGUCAUCCUUCUACUUUCAACAAAUCAAGAACUACCGAUGCUAACAUUAACACACACACAAAUAAUCGUAUUUCUAAUCUUAAGGUUUUCUUGAUCUCCUUUUUUUCUUUCCUUCACCUUGUAGAUCUUUUACAAUUUGUCUUAUACCACACACACACACACAAAAAGGCACUCAAAUUUUCUUGACUUUGAUAUCAAAUAUUUCUUCCUUCGUUUGAACCCUUUUUUUAACCUUUUUUGGUAUCAAUUUUCUUCUAUCAUCAUUUUAUACAAAAAUUGAUGAAAAAAAAUCAAACUCAUGUUUGUAUGUUAGGUUACAACUUUUCUUUCUCCAUUUCUUUCUACUUCUUUUUAAAAAGUGUGCGAAAAGUGCCAUCAAUUUUUCUUUUUUCUAUUAGAAUAUUAGUGUUCAAGAUUAACUCAAAUUCGAUUUUGUAAUUACCUCGUUAUGUAUGUCAACUGAUACUUCAUCUUCUCACUUUUCUUAUCUCGCUGACUUUCUAUCAUUUCAUCAUUAUUUCAUUCUCAUCCAAGUGGAAUGCUCAUCUUGUAUUUCUUACCUGUAAUGUUCUCAUCUCUGUUUACUUUCCCCUCUUCUUUAUUCACUUCAUCAUCCACUACGCACCAAAUCAACACAAAAACCUAGACAACGUCGGUAUCAUUCCAUCAGGACAAAGGCCCAACAAAACGACCCACCUAUGCUCAAGCAUUUAUUUCAUUUUACAUGCUUGUUUUUCUUGUAUCCCAUUUCCCAUCUCUCUCUCUCUCUCUCUCUCUCUCUCUCUCUCUCCUUCUCAUCCCAUUAUCUUCUAAUUUCAUUAACUUUAUUAUUACUUACAUGCUCCCUACCUGAGUGCUCAAUUAAAGAACUCAUAAAUAUACACCAAGCAA